AAGGACGCUUUGCUUCGAGACGGCGUGUGCGAGCUUGGCGGCAAGAAAUGGAGCGCCAUUGCCGAGCGUAUUGCAGAUCGAUCGCCUGAAGAGUGCAGCAAGCGCUGGAACAAGUUGCAGAGCCUCGACACGGUCGUGAAGCGGCCCUGGACGGCAGUCGAAGAUCAGCAAAUGCUCGAGCUGGUGGCGAAAUACGGACCCAGUAAGUGGGCCGUGAUCGCUUCCUACUUGGAAAACCGCAACGGCAAGCAGUGCCGCGAGAGAUGGCACAACCAGUUGAACCCGGCAAUCAAGAAAACCCCGUGGACCGCGGACGAAGACGACACCAUCGUCCGCCUGCAGGCCCAGUUCGGCAACUCGUGGGCCAAGAUCACGGCUCACCUGCCCGGACGGACGGACAACGCAGUGAAGAACCACUGGUACUCUUCGCUGCAG